CGCAAAUCGUGAACUUGGUCACACCAGGGGCAAGGCACCACCAUGACGUCCCAAUUGCCGCCGUUGCGGCUGGACUCGAAGCCAGAUCUUAAAGAUAUUGAUCUCGAAGACAGCAAUGCAGUGGCGCCCGAUGGAUGUAGCUCCGUUGGAAGCGAAGUGAAUUUGAUCGACGACAAUACCCCGUCGAAACCGGACAUUAAAGACACUCCGUUGACCAAGAUGAACUUGGUAGCCAUGGGCUCGAGUGCUUCGCCACUCCUCACAUACAAGACAUGGACAAACAUUUUAUUUUCCCUUGUGCAGCCUGCGAUAGUCGUGGGGUACUUGGCCCUUUUCCAUGGGAUCUGCGCUGCCUACGCCAAGCCUGGCGUGUCGCAACCAUCGUUUCCCGAUCCGAGGCAUACGGUCCUUGGCGCGCUUGCGUUCAGCACCUGUGAAUGCACCAAGUGGACUUUCGAGUGGAUUGCCAAAAAGUCUGGCCGUGGGACUCUCAAGGACGGGUCCAUGUACUUGUGGGGAGUCUUUGGCGCAGUGGUGUGCACUUCGUUGGACGACGUCGUGCGCGUCUUGUUUGUGUGGCUUUUCGCCACAACAUCCACGUUCUCGUCUGCAUUUUCGUUCGGCGUAGGCUGGGGAUGUGUCGAGGUCGUGUGUCACAUGGCGUCGUUCGCAAGUCUGUGUCUGAAUCGCGCAUGGUCGUUCCACGAGGCCACGAGACUGCAGCGCAUGCUCACCCGCGUCGGCAUUCGGUACUAUUCGUUCGUUGUACUGGUCCACCACUUCUUUUCUGUCGCAUGUGGCGUCGGUGCGUCCUUGGUGGCGUUCAAGAGCGAAGCGGAUGGAAAGUUUGUCCUGGUAUGGAUUGUGCUGUUUCUGCGCUUGAUUGGGUCCGUCGUCCAAAAUGAAAGUCUCCGACGACGAUGCUCGAUUUGGAACGCGUCGCUGGUCCUGUUUCUCCUAGAAGUCGUGAUUUUGCUGCUCGGAUUGUCCUUGUGGCAAUGGGGAGCUGCUGUUGACACAUCCAUUGCCAUCAUGGCCGACACCGAUCAUCGCCACCACUCGAGCCUCGCUUCGGCGACUGAGAUCCCAUCGACGACUGCUAGUCGUCACAGUCACCACAAAGGGCACCACCACCCCACCCCACGACCGUAGUUUCGUGUGCCUUGUAAUGAAAUUAUUUGAUCGUCACCUUGACGAUAUCCGACCCAA